ACUAUCGCGCCUUCAUCAUCAUCGUAAUGGCUGCUGUCAUUGUCGCUUUUGUUGUCAUCCAGUUCGAGACGUUCUAAAGUCCUAAUGAAGGUGAGAAAAACGCCUCACUGACAUAUUUGCAACGUGCGCACACUGCACCUGCAUAUGCCGAACAAUUGUCUCAGCUGUUGAACCUUACUGAUCUACGCAAGCAAAUAAUGAUGCCAUACAGUGCCAGGGACAUCCAGAAUGUCCAGCUAAGAGAAGAUUCGCGGGCAGCUGUGUCAAAUGUCCUUUCGUACUUUAAACGCGAAGCACAGCAGCAAAAAGUGGCCUGUCAUGUGACGAAGGUCAUUCGUCGAACUAGUUGCGCCACCGGAUUACCUAAGCAUAUGGUCCUGGAAGCGGUCAACAACGCAGACAUUGAACUGGAUGCUGACUCGGACGUAGAGAUAUCCCUCUCUCGCAUCAUCAACGAUGACAUGGGGAUGUGUGUUCUUCGGCGACAGAUUUUAUUCUACUGUUCAAACUACGAUCAGCCGCCCACGCUCAAAAUCGUGCGGGACAUGAUCAAAGAGCAGUUCAACAUAGCCUGUUCAAAGUCGUCUGCAUUGACCAUACUCAACAAGCUCGGCUUCCACUUCCGCGAACUUCCAGGCUCCAACAGGAGUGUUCUUCUAGAAGAUUCCAGUGUGGCUGCAAAGCGACUGGUUUUCCUUCGAAAGCUCCGGGACUACCGCACGGAAGGUAGGGAGGUUGUGUACGUUGGGGGAACCAUCAUUCCCCUCGGAACGCCGCCCAGCGCAUCGCCCCAGCAGUUGGGCGGAAGCCGAAGUCUUUUACUCGUGCACGCCGGCUACUUGGCAGAACUUCUGCCCUUGAAAUCCAUGUUCAAGUUCGAAGCUGCCAAUCCGGCCCACCAACUGAGCCAAGAGACCUUCCACUCCUGGGUUGCCUAUCAGCUCCUCCCAUUCCUUCCGAAAGACGCGGUCGUCGUCUUUGUCAAUGUUCCAUUUGGCAAAGUGCUUCGGGAAGACGUUCCCACGCUACAGAGUAGCAGAUGGGCCAUAUGCGAGUGUCUUAUAAGGCACCACAUCAGGUUCAGCGAGUCUGCUUCAAAAGCAGAGUUGCUGGAACUUUACUGGUCUUACGCGGGCAAAGGCGCGAAAUCGCAGCUCUGGCUCGAGAGCAUCAUCGAGGACUCCGGUCACAUAACUCUGCGCAUGCCACAGUUUCUCGUAGACCUCAAUCCAAUGGAAAGGGUAUGGCAGACGCUGAACGACCAGAUAGCCGAGACGCAGCCAAAAGUGGUCACGCUGCGCGUCAUCGAAGAGGUGAUGCAGCAGGGCCCACUCUACCACAUGUUGAUGCGUGCGUGGACGCAUCAUCUUGCGCAGACGCAAGAAAUAGAAGACGCACUCCUCGAAUGGUCAGAGAAGAUCGAAAGAAAAGUCGAAGACAUGCUCUCCGGCAAGAUGGUGCCCCACAUGGACUCCGAAGGCAGCGACAGUGAGGGUAGCGACAUGGAUUCAAAGUCUCUGGAAGAGAAAGAAAACACCUUGGAACCAAACUCCGACGACCUCGUCAUUGACCUCGGCGAAGAUCCCAGGAGGAACGUGGCGCCCAUGCAGAAUCGCCAUAGCAACGUAGACUACGGCGCCCCCUUGACUAGCACGGACGCCAGGGUCAUGGCGAGACUCGAGGACUUUGACUGGAUCUGCUCCGAUGUGGAGCCCUCGGUUUGGCGUGACGUUGCCUGCCUUGUGUCAGAUGUCGUAAGGCAGCCGGACGCUACGGCGUGAUAGCUAUGCAAAUGUUUAAAAAUAAGAAAAGGACCCAGUAGGGGUAUCGGAAGUGAGAUCUUUACACCCGAAAAUUUAGGUUGUGGAUAAUAUACUUAUUUAUACAGACGACACGAACUGUGCAAUACUCACACGGUCAACUAUGUGGCGACAGACGUCGCUGUGUUGUUGCAAUACGUAUAUUUGUACGUACGAAAGGGUUUAUGCCUUUGAGAUGUCUUGCUACGGUGUGGGAUGCUCUCUCGGACCUUGUAAAGGCAGCAGUGUUUUACGCGGGGUUCUCAAGGUACACAGAGCAUCUGCUUAAAUAGUGCUUCCUGUAAUCAUGCAAGUUAACUAAUGUCACAAGCAAAAUAAAAGUUUCCAAGAAUUUGUUC